UUCACUAAAACAGUAUCAGUUCUUCAAAAUAUUUCUUUGUUUUAACAACAUAAGACAAACACAGACCUCUUUCAAAAUGUUCAAAUUGGUGGUGUUGUCUGCUUUAAUUGCAUUAACCGUUGCUGCUCCAUCUGGAUUACAUGGUGUUGUAACAUACCAAGCUGCUGCUCCAAUCAUUACAGCUCAUUCAACUGUAAUUGGAUCCGUUCCAACAUCAAUUAGCUCACAAUCCAGCUCCGUCGUACACAGUGCUGCUUUAGCUCACGCUGUCCAUGCCGCACCAGCUGUAGCUGUAGCUCAUCAUGCUGCUCCAUUAAUAACUGCUCACUCAGCCAUCAUAGGAUCCGUACCAACAUCAAUCAGCUCACAAUCAAGUUCCGUUGUCCAUGGUGCCAGUUUAAUUCACGCAGCCCCAGCUCUUGCUGUAGGUCACUCACCACUACUUUCUUACUCAGCUCCAGCACUUAUCACAUCCCAUGGUGCUCAUGGUGCUCUAAUCAAUGCAUGGUGAUUUCCUAGUCAUUUCUCCCUUCCUGAUAAAUCCUAAUUUUUAUUUAUUUGUGCUGUAUAACUCACUUUCCUUAUUCAAUUCUCUCUAAGACUGUUUUUUAAAAUACUCAAUAAAUAAAUAUAUUUUUAACAUA